AUGGUGGAGUUCGCACCCUGGAGCACGCCCUGGGAGCGCAGGUUGCAGACUUUUGCAGUGAUGCAGUGGGUCUUCUCCUUCGUGGCCUUAGCCCUCAUCUGCACUGGGAUCUUCAUUGGCCUCCUGUUCACAAGAUUUUGGUUCAUCAGUGUCGUCUAUGCUAUCUGGUGGUACUUUGACCGAGACACACCGCGGAAAGGGGGCAGGAGCAGUAUCUACAUGAAGAAAGGCCGCAUCUGGAAGUACAUGCGGGACUACUUCCCCGUCCAUCUGGUCAAGACGGCUGAGCUGGACCCCUCCCGGAACUACCUGGCUGGCUUCCAUCCCCAUGGGGUCCUGGCCACUGGAGCAUUUCUCAACCUGUGUACAGAGAGUACUAACUUCUCCGCCACCUUCCCUGGCAUACGGUCUUACCUUAUGAUGCUAACAUUGUGGUUCCGGUUCCCCUUCUUCAGAGACUACAUCAUGGGGGGAGGGCUGGUGACAUCAGACAAAGAGAGUGCUGCACACAUCCUUAGCAAAAAAGAAGGUGGCAACUUACUCACCAUCAUUAUAGGUGGUGCCCAAGAGGCGCUGGAUGCCCGGCCUGGGGCAUACACCCUGUUGCUGAAAAACCGCAAGGGCUUCAUCAAGCUGGCACUGGUGCACGGGGCAGCAUUGGUGCCCAUCUUCUCCUUUGGGGAGAAUAGCCUGUACGACCAAGUGGAUAACACACAGGGCUCCUGCUUGCGCUGGAUCCAGAACCGGCUACAGAAGAUCAUGGGCAUCUCUUUACCUCUCUUUCAUGGCCGUGGAGUCUUUCAAUACACCUUUGGCCUGAUUCCCUUCCGCCGGCCCAUCUAUACUGUGGUGGGGAAGCCCAUCGAGGUGCAGAAGAUACUGAAUCCCUCCCAGGAGCAGGUGGACAAACUGCACCAGCUCUACAUCAAGGAGCUAUGCAACCUCUUUGAAGCCCACAAGCUCAAGUACAACGUGCCUGCUGACCAACAUUUGGAGUUUCGCUGA